AUGUAAAACAUUGACAGAAUCAGAAAUAAAUUUCUUAGAAUACUUAUUAAACAUCGAUUCGUUAAAAGAUUACUUGGAAAACAAAGACUCAAUGAGCAAUCCUAUUUCACUGUAAAUUAAGGAGCUCUUGCUUGUUUCAGAGAAUUAUGUUAAUCAUUAGCAUGUAAUAAUCGCAUCAUGUACUAAAAGUAUUUAAUUUAGUGAAGUCAAUCUUUCAGGCUGCAAUAUUAAUGUGUAUUUUGCCAUUGAGUUGGCCAAACUAGUAUAGAAAAAUACAAACAUUGAGGUGUUGCAAUUAGCUAGUUGCAAAUUAAAUUCCUUCUCUCUAAGUUGCAUCUUUAAGGCGGUAUUAGUGUAUUGAUCAACUCUAUAGAUGAUCGAUCAUACAGGAUUGGCUCAAUUGAAUUUAUUCAAUAAUCAAUCCUUUACUCCAACUGUUGUACAAGACUUUAUUAAGUAUGUUCUUAAAGGCAAAAAUCCUUUGAUUGAAAUCAAUAUUAGUCAUUGCAAUAUUGAAAAUGCUUAGUUAUCAAUGAUUUUACCUAAUCUUAAAAACCUUAAGUCACUUAAAAGACUUAAAAUGGGGUUAAUGAAUCUAAGUUCUGAGUCAUUGUUAGCACUUUCAUCUGCCAUGUUAAAUUAUACAGGUAAGAAAUUUUUGGAUUAUCUUGAUCUAUCAUUUUGUUAAAUAAAAAAUGAUGGACUUAAAUUACUUAAUAAAUCUCUCUAUUUAUCGGUGAUAACAUCUAUAAAUAUCAAAUCAAUAAAUUUGUCAGGUAAUCAUAUAACUUAAGAUGGUGUUGUACAUUUAGAAUAAAUCCUUCUAAAAUUAAACAUUGAAGAAUUAAAUUUAUCAAGAAAUAAAAUCUAAGAAUUUUAAAAUUAAGAUGUUCUAAAAAAACAAUUAGUAAAAGUAGAUUUAUCUAGUAAUCUUUUUGAAGAAAUUCCAAAUAACUUCUUUCUAAAUGUUUUAUCUAUAAAUUUAUCAAAUAAUCAAAUAAAUACUCAAGGAGCCUAUUAAAUUUCACAAGUACUUGCUUAUAAGAAAGUUUAAUGGAUGGAUCUGAAUAUAAAUAACAAUAGUAUAUAAACUAGAGGAUUCAUUUCUUUAAUCUAUGCUUUGAUUGAAAAUAAAUCUUUAACAAAUUUGUCAGUUGCAAAUAAUGAUAUUAAUGGAGAAGGUAUUUUAGUUUACAUUUUCAAUCAUGAACAAUUAAAUCUUUAAUAUUUAGAUUUAUCUCAUAAUUACUUAAGAUAUGAUUUAGUCUAUGCAUUAAUUUCGAUGAUGAAAGAAUGUAAAUUAAAAACAUUGGUUCUAUCUUAAUUAAGAUAAGAUGAAAAUGAAAUUCCUAGUGGUAAAAAUGAAUUAUUUGAGAUAAAAUGUGCAAAUUUGAGAGAACUUGACUUUUCAUGCAAUUCUCAGAUUAUAAUGCCAAUUCUCAAAAGUCUAUCAAAAUAAUAUAAUCGUUUAGAAUAUUUAAACUUAAACAAUUGUUAAUUGAUGAAAAAAUCAGAUAGAGAAAGUUAAGUAAAGAAAUCUGACACUUAGACAUUAGAUAGAAAGAAAUCAGUAGAAGUUCAUGUUAAGAAAUCAGAAACUUUAACAAUAGAUUUGAGAAAAUCUGGAGAUGCAAAAUUCUUAAAUUUUGAUGAACAAGUUUUUAUAGAUUAAACAGAAUAUAAAGCUUAUGAUCAAAAUAAAUAAGUUUUAGAAUGCAUGUAUAAUUUAUUAUCUAAGACUUAUACUUUGUAAACUUUAUGUUUAGCAAACAAUAAUUUAAAUUUUUUAAGUGAUUAAGAAUUGAGAUAUUUAGAUAGUUAUUUUGGAAAUAAUUUUACUUUGCUAUCACUUGAUAUAUCUAAUAAUAAAUUAAAAUCAAGAAUAACACUUUUAGUAAAUGGAUUAAGAAAUUGUGGAUCUUUACGAUAUUUGAAUAUUAGCAAUAAUUAAAUUGAAGAAGAUGAAAAAGUUAUCACACACUUACCAAAAAUAUUUUAAAAUCCAAGUUUACAAUAUAUAGAUUUAUCAUUGAAUUCUAUUCAUAGUGCAACAUUUCAAAAUAUGAAAACAAUUCUUUAAACAUAAUAUAAAUAAUUUCCAUAAAUGAAUUUAAGUUAAUUAAAACUUACAGCAGACGAUCUUGUUAGUAUUAGUGAAAUAAUAAGUGAAUCAUAUUCAAUUAGAAAAUUAGAAUUAUUUGGAAAUCAAUCAAUUGAUUAUUUAAAUAAUGUAUUAGUAUAUGGAGAUAAUGACAAAGUUAAAUCUCUUUCUAUAAAUAGAUUGAAAUUGAGAGGAGAUAUAUUUUUAAAUUUAUUAAAAAUAUUAGAAUAAAAUUAAAAAUGGGUGAAAAUCUUAGAAAUUUCAAAUACACUAUUAAAAAAUAAAUAAUUGAGAUGUCUUUUAGAAAGAUUAAAAUAGAUGCAUUCAUUAAAAGCCUUAAUAAUGGAUAAUUAAUAUUUUGAAAGCGAAGAUGUAGUUGCUUCUAUAAAAACAGACUUAUAUUGUUCUUUAUUAAAAUUAAAAACUUUAUCAAUACGAAAAUCAACCCUUUCUGUUGAAUUUUUUGAAUUUAUUUAUAAACUAUUAUCAAAUUCAAAAAAAUUGAAAGAAUUGGAUCUAAGUGGUAAUCAAAGUAAUGAUUAUGGACGUAAAUGCAUCAUAUCUUAGGAAUGUAUUGAAUUACUAUCUUUAGGAAUUUAAAAUAAUUAGAAACUAAAAAAUCUUAAUCUUUCUAAAUGUUAAUUAAACGAUGAAGUAAUGUAAAUAUUCAUUGAUACAUUACCAUUAAAUAAUUCUUUAAUUUAAUUAGAUAUAAGUGAAUGCAAUUUAACUAAGAUUAGUUUUUUAAGAUUUAAAUAAAACUUUAAUCAUAAUCCAUCAUUAUUAUAAAGAUUAUGUUGUUAAUUAAUGAUCGAAGAGAUUCCAACUAAUCUUGUGAAUAGUUAAUGUCUUUCUAAUUUAUUCUAUCUUGAUAUAUCUAAAAAUAAAUAAAAAAAUAGAAGCAUUGUUAAAUUAGUUCAAUGUUGUUAACCUAAAAAUAUCUUUUAGAAUCUUUUCUUCCUUAAUUUGGAAUAAUGUCAUCUCAAUGAUCAUCAUUGUAAAGCUUUAAGUAAAUUGAUUGUAAUAAAUUUAAAGGAAUUACAUUUAAGUUAAAAUUAAAUAGCUUAUUUUGGAUUUAAAGAAUUAUUUGAUCCAAUUUUAGAUGGUAAAUCUAAACUUAAAGCUUUAAAUUUAUCUAAAAAUAAAAUUACAGAUGAAUACUUUUGUUAACUUGAACAAAAAGAAUUCAAUAUGAAAAUAGAUUCUUUAGAAUUACUAUCACUUGAUGGAAAUUUAUGUCUUGGUAGAGGUUGUAAAGGAUUUAUUAAAUUAUUAUAAAAUAAUCCUAAACUUUAUAUUUUUAAUCAUUGGGUAAACAUAAGUGAUUAGUUAGCUUAUCUAGUAAUACAAUCAUAUAUUUAGUUUACUCAACUUUAUAAUCUUAAAUAUGGAUAGCAUAAUUACAUAUAAUAAUUAAUAAUAAAAGAGACUGAUUUUUCAGAUGAUUUUCUAAUAUGGUUUGGCUAUAAUUAUUUUUAAUUGCCAUAUUUAUAAUAUAUUGAUUUUUCUGGCAAUUCAAGAUUUUGUACAAGUAUGGGAAAGAUGCAUAUGUAUAUAAACAUGAUAAACAGUUAAGUUAAUUAUAAUUUACUUUAAGUAAAGUUUGAUGAGGUGGAACAAUAAACAUUGACAAUGUUUGAUGAUGGAUUAAUUAGAUAUCAUUUAUUAAAAUAAAAAUUUAGAUUUUAAAAUUAUACAAUAAUGUAAAGUAGUUAUGGAAUCAAUGAUCAAAAUAUUGAAACUGUUAAAUGGGGUUUUAUUGGCAAAUUUGUAAUUCAUAUAAUAAAUAAGUUAUUAUAUUUAUUUUAAGGAUCAUUAACUGAAUUUAGAAUGAGUAGCUAAUUAUAGCAACAUUUGAGAAGAAAAAUGAAUAGGAUGAAAAUGUAUUACAUUUUAGGUUGUUUAGUGGAACCUGUAUUUUUGAUUUUAGCAUUAAUUGUUGCUUUAAUGUUAUAAACACCAAUAACUUAGAAAGAUUUAUAAGAUCACAAUAAUUGUAAAAAUCAAUAUUGUUUUAUUAAUGAUGUAUAGAUACUAACCUUUACUUUAUUUAUUAUAAGUAUUUUAGUUGUUGUAAUGUGCAGUGUAACUAAUUUGAUAUUAGCAAUCAAAUUAAGAAUAAAUUCAGAGCCUGAUUUUUACAUUUUAACAUAUGAAUAAAAAAAGGAAUUGAAAAGGAAAUUUCCAAUAAAAAAAGAGUUACUUUUAUUAGUACUUUAAAUAAUUCUAUAAUGUAAAUAUGUAUUUGAUACUUUGAUAAUUUCAUCAAGUUAUGAUAUAUCAAAUUAUAUUGAAAAAUAUGGAGAUAACAGUUUUAAAUAAAUUCGAAAUAAUUUUUUAGCAUCAGCAUAUAUGAUGUCAAUAAUGAUUUGCAUUAAAUUCUUCAUUUUUUGUUAUCAAGAUUUCAAAUGCACAAUUUAAUUUUUUAAACAUCCAAAUAAAGAUGCUUCAUUUCUUUUAUCAAAUCUUUGGAUAAAGAAUAUAUAUGACACAAAUAUUAUUGUUGAGAAUGUAAUAAGUAAUUUUUGUCCUUAAGAAGGGAUUAAGAUAAUGAAUAGUCUUUAUAAUUUGAAAUAGAUUUAUCAACUUACUUAGUUAUUUGUAAUUGAAUUACCAAUCUUCUUCAUAUAUCUAUUCUACUUUAAUAACUAUUAAUUAUUGUUUUCAAAAAUGGGAUACCAAACAGUGAUAACAGUAACUACAAUAUUUUAAGUUGUUGGAAUGAUACGUAAUGUUAUUAAAGGACUUUUUAAUGCAUAUUAGGCACUUGUAUCAAGACCUCCUGUUGUUAAAUGGUUUGAUAUAAAUGAAUUUCUAUUGUUAAGGAGAUAUCAAUAUUUGGGAGAAAAUAGAUUAAUAACAUAAUAAUAAUCUACAUAUAAUAAGAAAUAGAAUAAUAACAAGAAUCGUGAUAAGAAAAAGUCAUUAUUGAAUUAGUAAGGAUCAUUAAAAACAGGGUCCUAAAAAUCAAAAAGUGAGAGAAUAAUUGAAAAAGUUAGGAGAACAAGUGAAGAUCAUGAUGAAGAAGGUAAGAAACAUUAUAAUUAUGUAUAGGAGAUUUUUUAGUAAAAAAAAAUGUAAUAACAACAGAAAAUAUGUUUUUAGGAAUAACUCUUAAUACCAAAAUAAAAUCAGACUGA